ACUGUGCAGAGUCCAUACAUACAGAAUGGGGACCGAUACCGAGAAUGACACCCGGCAUCCGGGACAGGAGAAGUGGGACUGUGCAGAGUCCAUACAUACAGAAUGGGGACAGAUACCGAGAAUGACACCCGGCAUCCAGGACAGGAGAAGUGGGACUGUGCAGAGUCCAUACAUACAGAAUGGGGACGAUACCGAGAAUGACACCCGGCAUCCGGGACAGGAGAAGUGGGACUGUGCCGGCAUACAUACAUAAGGACAGGAGAAUCCAGGACAGGAGAACCAGGCUGGGAUGUCAGAUGGUGUGAAAUGCAGAGACCUU